AUGAAUUCGCACCGCAUACGAUGUGGCCCAGCUGACCAGAUGCACCCAGAACACUCGAAGCUGCAUCAAAAGUCAUCGACCUGGAACAUCAGGAAUGGCAGCGGUACCAGGCCGACUGGAUACCAGGCCGAGCUGACCAGCUCUGGGAAGCCGCCCAGGUCCGCCCAUCAGGGCAGAGCUUCUGCUGAGGAGCCGCCGGAUCCUGGAGCCCUGGGCGCGGCGCUCAGCUUCCCGCGCGUUCUGCAGCCAGCAUCCCAAGUUCGGGCUGCUCUGGGCCUCAGCACAGUCACCGAGCAGCCUCUUCGCUGGAAGUGA